AUGAGCCAAGAAGAACGUCGCUGUCUCUCGGAUCACUCCCUGGAGGAGCUAGAAGAGUGCGAAAGGGACUUGAAACGACGACGAUUGGCAGAAAACAGCAAUGCUGAGGCAUCCAGUGCCAGCGACCACCAGAGCGCUCUAAGCAUUAACACUGCCCGAAAGAGACUCUCUGAAUACUUUCUUGUGCCGAAAGAUAAGCUUGAAAGUAGAGUUGAUGCAUUUCAGUCGAAUGCUGCCAUGUUGCUGCUGCGGCAACAUCCGUCAUUGGUCGCGGAAUCUUUUUUGCGGCAAACCGUGCUUUCCUUUUUCUUGCGAGCUGGUGCUUCUGUUUCCGUCAUUCAGGAGCUGUGUGACAUGUGGAAAUCCAUCAAUCCUGAAUACAAUGAGUACAUACAAUGGGAAAAGGCUGGUUUCCACCGGAGACCAAACCUGGUGGCUGAUGCUUGCUUGUACGGCUCAGAUCCAAACACUAUCAAGGUCCUCGUGAAAGAAUUCCCACAUCAAAUAGCUCAGAAAGGCGAUUAUUUGCGUCCAAUCAAAGUAUUUCUGAGUCGAUGUGACCGGUACGAGCUGGCUAUCGGUAUUGCAGAUAUCUAUGAGUGUUUGCCACCGCCGGGGAAUCAAGCCGCUAUUCAAAUCCUUGGAUUGUUCGAUCCAAACGAGUUUCCGGAUUGCAAUGAAUAUGUUGUGCUUGGAAAUCCUGGUGAGGAAAUCUCAGAUUUUCUGGCCAAGACAAUCUCAAAAGUGUCGCGUGAUGAUACAGGUAGUAUUGAUAUUUAUGAUCACGACGGCAUCAAGCGCUGGGACAAAAAGGCCAUACAGCGUGCCCAACUAUUUCUUCCCCGACUUACCCGUUUUUCACUUUCGGGCAUUGGUGACAAUACCAACCUGUUCCACUCCACACUGAAUAUGUUUUGUAAAGCAACACCCUCAUUAUUGAGACACCUGGAGCUCCCUGUGAAUCUUGAAUUCAUCAACCGAAAUGGAAACGAUCUAUUUGUCAAGGCCAUUCAGUCGUGUCCUAACCUCAAGGAGCUGCACUUGGGUACAUUGCAAAGAGAUCUUAGUUCUACAAGUGUCACUGAUGCCCAAGCAAUGUGCAAACUUUGCACGGACAUUGUUCUCUGGACUAAUGAUCUUGAAUCCUUGGGCUUGACGCUGCUUCCAGAUACCGAUGGACAGUCACUUGGCAAGCUGCUACGAGCUGUUGCGGUCAGGCUAAAAUCAUUUCAUGUCCGUGGCAGCUUGCGAAACGUUGAUGCUUGGGUCCCAUUUGAGAUUCCACCAAAUGUCAGGCUUCAAAGUUUGACCCUUCAAACCACAUUGGGUGCGCAGGCCACGAAAGGCAUUCUUGGAAACAUGCGUGGAGUCGCAUCGCUGACUUCCUUGGCGCUGCUUGGCCAACAAGGAGAUACAGUUGAUGUGAGCAAUGAAAUUGCUAAAGUCCUAGCUCAGAAUCGCAUGGAGUCUCUUCAAAUUCGUAAUUGUGCAGGAGUCAGUCUUCAGGUCCUUGUGGAUGCCUUGAAAGAAAACGAUUCGUUGAUCAACUUCACUCACCGCGAAACGGAACACUCUUUGGGGAUUAUCAAACACUUUGCCAAAAUGAUGCAGUGCAACAUGACACUCCAACACGUCAACUUGAGCAACUGCUGGGGCGAGCCCCCAAGUGGCCAUUUCUAUUCUCAAGUCAUGUACUUGAAACUGCUCAAUAAAUGCGGGAGGGGAAAAUUGUCCAACCCAAAGGCAUCAUGUGACGCGUUGGUGGUGGCCUUGGAAGCGGCCGCGGCCAUAGCUGACUACCCUGGCGAUCCAGACAACCUUUGGUAUGGACUCCUUCGAGAGAACCCUGAACUAUGGGCACAGGCUGCAUUGGGCCCAUUUUGA